AUGGCGGACGAAAAACAACCUAGUGCCCUGCUAAGAAGGCACGAUCAAUUGAAACGAUGGGAAGAAUCUGACACAAAUAAGGCUUCAACUACACUGUCUACACAUAACAAAAAAGUAAAAUUUCAGGAUGGAUGUGUUUUCCUUGCCGCGUGUUCAAGCGGAGAUUGUGAUGAAGUUUUACGAAUGAUCGAAAAGAAUGCAGAUAUCAACACUGCAAAUAUUGAUGGACUUACAGCUUUGCAUCAGGCAUGUAUCGACGACAAUCUGGACAUGGUCGAGUUCCUGGUGGAGCAUUCUGCCGAUGUAGACGUGUGCGACAACGAGGGUUGGACGCCACUUCAUGCCACAGCAUCAUGUGGUUUCACAGAAAUAGCCAGGUACCUCAUACGUAUUGGUGCCAAUGUGGCAGCAGUCAAUAAUGAUGGGGACCUACCUUUCGACAUUUGUGAAGAUGGAGAAAUGGAAGCACUCCUACAAGAGGAAAUGGACAGACAAGGGGUGGAUGCAGACGCAGCUCGGUCCGAAGAAGAGAAUCAGAUGUUGGCAGAUGCCAACAAAUGGCUGAGUAAUAAGUCCGUCAAAGAAAAGCGACACCCAAAAACUGGAGCCACAGCCCUUCAUGUCGCUUGUGCCAAAGGCUACAUGAAGGUCAUAAGUGUCCUGAUACAGGCAGGCUCUGACAUUAAUGCUAAGGACUGUGAUGGGUGGACGCCAUUACAUGCAGCUGCACACUGGGGACAGGAAGAGGCCUGCAAGGUCCUUGCUGAACACAUGUGUGACAUGGAAAUUAAAAAUAAUGCUGGCCAGUCAGCUUUUGAUGUGGCUGAUUCUGAGAUCAUCAAACUUUUGGAAGAACUGAAAAUCAAACAAGCAACAUUCAAAGACACAGCUGAUGUACAGAAUGAGAUCAUCCAACACAGAGGUCAACACCAAAAGAGAAGGCCAGUGACUACAACAAUAACAAAUCUUGACCAACCAGACACUGACCCCAGGAGUUCUGUAACACGUAUGAGUGGGGACCAGAAGCAGAGUGUGACACUGAAAACCAAAGAGAGAGGAGACCCCAACCUCAUCCACCAGACAACACCAGAGAGUGUUAGUGAAAAGGAUCCCACGAGCAAAACCAGCUCCAGUUCAGAAGGCGAGGCUGAAGAAUCAUCAGAGUCAGAGACAGAAAAACAAAAUGCAAUCAAUAACCAAACCUCAGGUGUUAAAAAGGUCCACGAUAAACCUAGCACUACUACUGUUGAAAUCCAGAAACCUGAAAUGCCUAAAAUCGAUGAAAAAGGUGAAUUGGGACAAAUUUCAAAUGACCUUGAUACUCAAAAUGAGGCAGAUAAGGUGGAAAUAAGUAUCAAGGACCAAGUGCCCCGAAUUGAUCGAAUAGGAGAUGGUGAUAAUCAGCUGACUGCCAAGGAGAAGGAACAGGACAAGGUGGAAAAGGAAAGCGAUGAAAAGAAAGAAGAAAUAAAGGAAACCGAGGAGAAAGAGGUAGUUCCUCCCACUCCUGCUAAGGACGAUGGUCUAGAUACAGGCAUGGCCCCAGUGAGAGAGCCAAUCUCCAGAUCCAUAAGUGCCCCUGAACCUCCCCUGCCAGCUCAGGAACAGGACAAGUCGGGACACAAGGUGUCAUUCCCCGCGUCCACUGUAUCGGAGACAUCUGAUUCACGAUCCACUGACAGAUCUUACGAACCACCAAAACGAGAUGAGGAGGCAGAGACGCUAAGAAAGGCUCGGGCCAAGCGUGCUCGGGAGACAAGGAGGUCCACACAGGGUGUCACGUUAGAAGAUAUACAGCAAGCAGAAAAAGCCUUAAAGGAUCCAUCAAAGGUCACUUCCACGACAACUGGGACGACAACAACUACAACAAGCAGUACUAGUUCUACAGAUGACAAGAGUCGAGUACCCGAGGUUGGAUCCCAGAAGGACAGUGAACGUGUACCUGGACUAGAAAGUACUAAGAAGGAAGUUAGCACCACAGAGGACACCACGGUGCUACGUCGGCGUACUCUAGAGGAACGUCGACAGGAUGACCUGAGAGGCAGUUACAGAAAGUCUCGAGAUGCCACCAAGGAUUACUCUACAGAUUCUGCAUAUAUACCUCGGCGAGAGAGGAACACACUGUCAACAUCAGACAGUUCCUCCACCACUUCUAGUCUGAACACGGGGUCCGGGCUUACGCGCGCCUCCUCACUACGCACCAACCGGAUACGCAAUGGAGAGUUAGAAAGUCGUAAUGAAGAGAAAGAGGAACGGCUUAAAGAUUCUAAAGAUGACUCACAAGAGAAAUCCCAUGAUAUGAGGACAGUACGAGCUCGGAGAACAAGAAAGGAAAGACGAUCAACGGGUAUAGUGUCCUAUGAUGCCAAAAAUGAUGAAGAUGAUGAAAAAGAAGAGGAAAAAGAAGAAAAGAAAGAGACUGAAGAUAAGAGUUCUUAUCGCCACAGAGGGCAGUACAGUUCAACAUCAGAUGUUGGUGACAAGUAUUCGUCCCGACCUAGCUCCUAUGCUGACCACUAUCAGUCAACACCCUCCCUCGACUCUAAUUAUAAAAAGCUAUAUGAAGACGAAAAAUAUACGACAGACAGACUACGUAAAGAGCUGGAUAGGACAAAGAAGGAGUUACUAGAUGCUAAGGCAGAACUUGAUCGUCUAGUGAAACGGACGGAGGCAAAUAAGGCAUCUGAUUCAAAUGAUAAACGAGAAAAACGGGCAUUAGAACGAAAACUUUCUGAGAUGGAAGAAGAAUUGAAGAAAAUGGAUCAACUUAAAGAUGAUAACAAGCGCUUAAAAGAGGAGAAUGGUGCGUUAAUCCGAGUGAUAAGCAAACUGUCAAAGUAGUCUUUCAGGUGGCUGGUAUGGUCAGCAUUUGGCCAACCAGUUGGGAGACUACAGCGAAUUUAACGGAAGGUGCAAUGUUCUUAGGGGAUGCAGUGACAUUUGGAAUUACAAGGAGUGUAUGCAUGUGUGUGGACGUUGAUUUGGGUGGUCCUCGGCACAUAGUGGAGGCACUUUAUCUCCAUAGCAGAGAUAGUUGCAUGGACGAACACUUGGAUCGCGGUAUGUGUGGAUGUAAUAUUAACAGUCCCGAGGACAUAACCCUAGCUCCUGCCUUAACAUAUUCCGACACAGGAUAAACACAGGUCCUGCAACCCAGUUUUAUCACAUGCUAUUUGCGUUAGUUUGACAUGUGCACCGUACGUCUUUCGGGAUAUGCUUCCUUGCGGUGCAUUUAGCAACAUCAGUGACAAAGUGGACAUCAAAACAUGCAAGAUUGUCGAGGUGAUGAUUAUACAUUACGUGCCAAGCAUUUAGACAUAUGAGGAAUUAUGUCUAUAGUGAAUGUACAUGCUUGUCCUAGUAGGAUGACAGAAGUCAUCUUUGAACGACACAGAUGUUGACUUAAAAUACAAUAUGUUCUUACCCACAAUUUUUUUUAGCAAAAAUGUCAUAUCAUCUGUCAUCUUUCAAACUGACUCUUAAUUUCAGCUUAUUUGAUAGGUUUUAAUUUUCUGGGUCACUUUCUACCUUCUUUGGUCUCUUUCUAUCAGGUGUAAAGUAACAGUGACAGAGGUGAAGUUUAGCCACACUUUAGCUCUCGUCAGUAGUAAGUUAAGUCUGUAGGUGCUCAUAUAAAGUACCUAAUAUAUUAAGCUUAGCAUAAAUUUGUAUAUAGCUUUAUAAUAAAUGAACUAUAAUAUAUCUGUAUAGGAACUAUAUAUGUAAAUUAAUAUUGAAACUAUAAAUAGAAUUUAUAUUUACUUUUAUCAUUGCUUGACAGAGAUAAAGUGUGUUUAGACAUCACCUUUUGCUACUGUAUCUUUCAAAUAGACAUAACACUACCCCAUAAAGGUCCCUUGUGUUAAUUUGGGUCAUAUAAAUAACUGUUAAAGAAAGAGUUCUAGAAAGGAGGUUUAAACUGUUAAUGUCAAUUUAAUGUACAUGUUCAAUAACAGAAAUUAAAACAGUCUGAAAUUGAUCAAAAUACAUUUUAUUCUCGUCAUUCAGUUCCUUGCGAAGGUACGUAAAUACUGUUUUGUAUACGAGAUAUGUUAAAACUCAAUAUAAAUUAAGAUGUUAUCAUUUGUGGCCAUACUGGUUUAAUUUUUUCAUAUUUUUGAAUGAGAUAAAAUUAAAAGUUGUUUUUAAUUAUUUCAGAUAUAGACUCUUUAUGUUUAGUUUGUAAGAAAUAAAAAGAGGGGGGACUUUUUUUUUUUUUUUCCUCAUUGUUUCAGACAUCAAGCAUCGGUUUUUUAAAAUCCUUUUAAGGAAGUGGAUCCUCAAUUCAUGAAUGUGCAUCUAAUUAUUUGUUGAAAGAACAAUAGAUAUCUAUAAAUUUGAAUUUGAAAUGGAAUAUAGAGGUUUUUUUUUGUUUCUUAAAGUUUUAAGAAAUAAAUAUAUUAGAAGUAAAGUUAUAACAUGAACCUAAAAGUGACUUUGUUAGAGUGUUUGUUCAUGAAUUAUGUGUUAAUGUACACAGGGUAGAGGAAAAUUUGUGUAAUUUUCCAAAAGUACAUGUAUAUCCAUAUGAUAAAUAGGUACAUUUCUUCAUGUACCUUAAUCCCAUUCUUUGUCUCAAGUCUGUAAUUGUAAAUGUGUCCAGUAGGCUAACUGUUCAACACUUAAGGGGAUAGAAAACAUGCUAGAAAAUUCUAGGCUUCUCUGUCGUUACAGAGUGGUUUUUGUCUGAUGCACAUUUUGAUUUGAUGGGUUUUGGUUUUUUUCCCACUUUUGGAUAUUUAUUUAGGAACUUUUGGUACAUCCAUAUUUUAUAACAGUCGGUAUUCUCUUUUUUUUUUGAAAACCUUAUUUUUUAUGCUUCAUGCAGUUGACCACGAUGUUCCUUAGAAUGUUCCAGGAAUGAUAAAAAAAUUCUGUUAAAGAGUCAUUUAGCUAAGGAGUUGUAGGAAAAACUAUAGGAGGUCACUGAAGGUAACACAUUGUCUGUGAGGUCAGAGAUUACUGUUGAGUAUUGCAGAAUGCUAAUUUAUGAAGUUACCUCCCUUGAUUAAAGUUUGUUUAAUCUCCUGACCUCAGAGAUGUAAUAUUUGCACAGGGACAUUUAUACUACACACGAUGAUAAGAUUAACGAAAGCUAACUACCAUAUAUGUAUUUAUGUAUCCUUCUUGUAGCUCAACGUCAAGCUAACUUACUUAAAAAACAUGUACAUGGAAUAUUAACAGGUGACCCAGAUAGUUCAUUGUUUGUUACCUAUUUAAGUCUUAAACAAUUGUAUGUAUUCUUGUGUAAGAUUUCACAAUACAGUGUACAAGGAAAUAGUAGAUAUCCUUUGUUUUGAGAGUAGUAGUCCGUUAUGUAUCUGCUGCCUGUUUACGUUAUACUGGCACUUGUUAUGUUGAUAUGGUCUAUACAGACACAUUUGUAGGACCCAGGACAGUUUUCUCUUGCGGUGACAUCAGAAAGAGUCACAUGACUUCACAUUGACCAGUCAGAGGGGAGGAUUAAUAAGAUAGUGCUGCACAUGACUCCUCUCUUUCCAUGUUACAAUAUGGUGCUAAUAAUCGCAAAAUACAUUGUACUUCUUUCAUGUUUCCAUGGCAACCACAAAUAAAUCAUGAAUGUAAAUUUUUUUUUUUAGUGUGUUCAUAAGUACUUUGUAAUUUUUGAUUGAUUGUGCUCAUUACAGUUGAUAAAUUAUGUAUGGAUAAUGCUCAGCCUUUUGAAAGGAUUUAAUCCUGAUUGUAACAUACAGUAGUCAGAUUUGUGUAAAUGUAGAAUGUCGGGAGACUUCCCCGCUGAUUCAUCGGACCAGGUUGACACCUGUGACCAUCAAUCCCAUACUACCAUAUUCUGAACAUGACAUCAGAUGAUGCAGACCUACCAGAUUGAAUCAUUCCCUCCUAUCUACCAUUUGUGUGGUGAGAAAUUAUUGAAACGUUUCAUUUCCAAACCAGUUACUGGUCAGCUAAUUUCUGGACAUGGUUUUUGCAUUAUGUGUGCAAACAUGCAUUAUAUGAUAUUUUGUUAAAUAAGAUAAAUUCGUCGUCAGGAUUUCUAUCACCCAAAAUUCUGAAUCUUUAGAUUAAAUUAAUAAGUGGCGAAAUGUAAUGAAAUUAUGUUCUGUCAGGCACGAUCUUCAACUUUCAGGAUCCAAAAAUAAAAGUCUUAUUUAAAUGAAGAAUUUUGUCAUUAACUAUGAUUAAUUCAUCAUAUAGCUUAAGUAAGUCAUCAGCUAUUCCACCAUACAUCAUCAGGUGUGCAAAAAAUCAUCAGAAGAAGAACAAAUGAUAUCAAAUUCAGUACUAUUCCACUUCCAAUAUGAGAUUAAACAUGUAUGAUUACUUGUACAUGACAUAAAUUACCUGUAUAGCUAUUUAAACAUGUGAAAAAUGCCAAUUGUAAAUAAUAAAACUUGUAAAUAUAUGUAUAUAUUGUACAUAUAGUCGCUUUGGGACAAGUAAUGUUAGAUAUUAGUCUUAAACCCUAAAUAUGCAUUAUGUUUCUAGCAAUGUUCGAUAACAAUUGUACAUGUCUAUAUUAUGAAUAUAUAUAUUUUGAUCUCAGAUAUUAUGGCUUGUCAAAGCUCUAUUUUCCAAAUAUUAUAUUUUGACAUAUUUUACGUUUUUUGAAUGCAAGUGAUGGCCAUGAUGAUGGCCUCCUUCUCCACUAACUGUGCGCCUGGCACUCCCUACUGCCAAAUCUUGCUGGGUUUCACUUAAAUAGGUUGAUAACUUGGUAGUGUAUCUCUGAUACGGACAGCUGACAUUGUAAUAUCCCCAGUGACAUUACUGGGUCCAAAUUGAAUUGGUAUGUCCAUACCAGACAGACACUUUUACAUUGCUGCAGGUUAUAUCUCUUGUUAACCUUAAAACUCAUCAAAGUUGGUGUUGUUAGGUCUUGUGCUAAAUUUGGUACCUAUCUCUUGGCCAUAAGCAUCAGAUUUGCAACUGCAAUUGGUCCGUACCUGUCCCUGGUCUUCUAUUUCAUUGGUGUGAUAUUUGACCUUUGAUGCCUUCUGACCUUUGCAGAUUUGCCUCCCUAAGUGACAUGUUGGACUUAGGGCUUGCUUACAAUGUCGACAGCUAAGUUGCCAUGGUAACAAGAUGGACUGCACACAACUUACACAUAGACUUACCAUUGUUUGUUAAAGCACCAGGUCUUUGAGCUUACAUGAACUCUGACCUUGUCUUCAAGGGCCUGAGUCACUGACAAUCAUUUGUCAGUGACCUUUGACCUUCAGGACGAGGCCUCUGUGUCUCUCUGGGUGACAUGUUGGACCCAGAGUCAGCUCUGGAUAGGUGAUCUUUGACCUCUGGCUGUUUUAAAUCCUAAAGUCACCCGAUUUUGAUUGUUGUUGUUUUUUCUCUAUUGUUAAUUGUUGCCAUUUAUUGUUGUUACUUUUGCAUGCAGGGUUUAUGACCAAGUCUAUACUGUCAUUCCCUAUGCAACUGUACAAUAUUAUAUAUUUAUUGCUUGUUCAUGUUUUUGGGGGCUUUUCCCUGCCUUUACUGUAUUAACAACUGCUUGACAUAACAGACACCUACCACCAUCGCUUCCUAGCUCACUUUAGAGCUUUUCGGUGCAAAUGUUUUGUCGUGAAUUUCGUCUUGGAUGGAGGAAUGGUAGAUGUGUUACUAUGUCAAACAGGUAUGGUCGCCACUUGUUUGUGUAUGGACCUCGGUUAUGGUAGCCUAGCAAAAUAACUGGAUGUCCCUGGUCUUUGUAUUUGUCUACUUUUAGCAGAGCCAGGUGUAUUGAUGGUUAUUAUUUGGUAUUGUACAUAAUAGCACCCCAGUUGUCCGUCCUUGGUGAUAGAGGACUGGGGAAGACUGUCUUUCGGUGACAUGUUGGACCCAAAGUUUGUACAAUAUUGAUAGCUGUGCUACACUUACAUAAGUGUCUAAUUAGUUAGACUGACCUUAAGUUUGCUAUUGCUAAUUGUUUAGCUAGGUUUACCGUAGUGUGCAGAGUAGAUAGCUUAUGUUGCAAGGUCAGUCUCUCUCUUCCUUAUUUCUUCACCUCUAUUUCUGCCUCAAAUUCUUCUUUCAACUAAAUAAAAAGCGACAAUCUAAAAAAGAUUUCUGUUUUUAAGCAAUUUUCUCUUGAAGAUAUAUUGAAAUCAUACCAGGUAUUUGUAAAUGUCAAACAUGAAUUAUUUUUGAAAGGUUUGGGAGAUGGGGAAUCUUUAUUACUUGAUUAUUACUUGUUGAUGGAUACGUCUGGUAAGAAUGCUGAUAUCACAGCCUUCAUUGUCCACUGUUUGUCAUUGCUAACAGAGUUCUGACCAAUAGUGGACGAUGUGGGUGUAGGUGUUCCACAGUGACAUGUUGGACUCUGGACAUGCAUACUUACCACAUUUAUUCCAAAAUAUUAAUGACAAAUUAUGUGAAGGUAGUACUGGAUAUUUUUCCUACUUCUUUCUCUUUUCCUUCUAAUCUUGGUGGAAGCAAUCUCAUAUUCUAGCUUUUUUGUCAAUUCCUGGAACUUGAUUGUUUAAGUUAUUUGUUCAGGAAUUUUGUAGAAAUAUUUUUCCAAAACUAGUCAAGCUGUGAUCCACACUCCAUGGAUGUACCUAUAAGUGAAGAACGUGAUAUAGAGAAGCUGUAUUUCCAGGACAUAAAGGGUCUCACUUAUGCAUUCCAGCUGUGUUUGAUACAGUGUGGUACUUUUCACUGCUGUCUCCAACAUCCACUGAGAAAAUUCUAAUGAUUCUAAAAUACAUUGGUUACGGUGUCUCCGAUAAGUUCAUUACUGAUGUAUUACAAAGCAAAGGUUAUCUGUUAACAAUCGCAGACUGAUUUAAAAAAAUAAUAAGCCAGUUUUUGAGAUAACCAAUUUUCAUGACUAACUUUUUUUUUUAUCAACACAAGAUUCCUCUUUGUUUUAUAGAAUAAAAGAUAUUAACUGUCAAAGGGAAACAACUCAGCACAAAUAUUCAACAAAAUGGAUUCUUGCAGAUGAAAUGGGACCUCAGAUAUUCAUAUAUAUAAUAUUAUAUAAUUUUAUACAUUGUAAUACUACAUAACAGAACAUCUAAAUGUUAUAUUGCCAUGGAUGUACAUAGAGUGUGACUGAAGUACGGGUCUAUUUCCCAACAUCAAGAUUUCAGCAUUUUCAGAGUUUUAUGGGGGUUGUUUUACAUGAUGGCUUAUGCCUAAAACAGUAUUAUGUAUGAUUUUGUUUUGCUUUUUUCCUUCCCUUAAUGAUGUUUACACACAUUGUGCUAUAUAUGUAGCAUGGCCAGUGCUAUAUACAGGUCAGCUUUGACCUUUGACCUAAAUCAAAUGCAUAGGGACUUACUCCAUUUGAGUGAUCCCAUGCCAUGAAUUGCCAAAUUUGUGAUAGUUCCUAGAAAAUAGCCAACAUCAAAGGUGUCUUUCAUAGAAAGUUUAGAAGCUCCCGUUGUUGAUGGAGCUUGGACUGAUGAUGCUCUGGGUGUUGCAAGGACAAAUUGGAUUGCAGCAGGCUUCGACACCUGAAGCAACACAAUGUUGAAUUAUGUAUGUAGAUAAAAUUUUAGUGAAUUUUCUAGUACUGACCUUAGUUUAUAUAAUAUUGAUGUGGUUGCCAUGGAAACAUUACAUAUAAAAAUACCUUUGUGCAUUUACAUUUUGUACAUACCUAUGUGCAUAAGAAAGUUGCUAAUUUUGGAAUGUUUACCUUCUAUGAAUACUUGGUCAUGUGAUUGGUCAUGUGAUGAUGCAUCACCCAAGGAAAUGUUUUGUAUGCUGCAAGUGCCGAGUCUACUUCCUUUGCAUGUUGUGAAAUAUAGAAAUUGUAAUCAAUUCUGUAUUGUAAUGAUUCCUGACUAUUUGUGUAGGAAAAUAGCUGUGAAACUACUUAAUAAAAAUAAUUUAAAUUCAAAA